AUGGCUCGCUCGCGUGUGCCCUCGCUCUACGGCGUCUUCCAGUUCUGCUGCCGCCUGCUGCUCAUCGUCGUCGAGGUCUGCGCCCUCGCCUCGCUCAUCACCCUCUCGCGCUAUGGCGAUUCUUUUCCCAUUGGCUACGUAGCCGUCAUCUUCGGCAUCCUCUUCUCCAUGGUCGAGCUCGUCACCCUCGCCAACGCAACCCACCAGAUCCCCCGCCUGCGCACCGCCUUCCUCGCCCUCUUCGACCUCCUCCUCUGCGUCCUCGGCAUGGUCUCCUUCUUCUACGUCAUGAUCCGCCGCGGCUGGCGGCCCCAGCAGGGCCGCGCCUACUCGCGUGACGACCCCUACCGCGACGACAAGGCCACCUGGGCCCCCUGGUACACCUGGCUGCAGCUCGCCGCCGCCAUUCUGCACUUUCUCUACAUGCUCAUGCACUGCGUCAGCGCCUGCCGCGAGGGCCGCCGCGACCCCGACGCCCGCCGCCGCCGGAGGGGCCCCGUGGCCCGCUGGCCGGGCGCGUGA